UGAUGCUCUGCUCUGUCGGCCCCGGUUCGCGUUUAUUUUAUCCAUUUCUUUCUUUUGCACUCUUCACACAGAGCAGGAACCCCCCUCUCCACACAUCAUGAACCGCAUCUUCGGUCGGAGUAAGAACCAGGCCCCACCCAACCUCUCAGAGUGCAUCGGAAAUGUCGAAGCCAGGGCCGACUCCAUCGACAAGAAGAUCGCCAGAAUCGACGCCGAGCUCAUCAAGUACAAAGAUCAGAUGAAAAAGAUGAGAGAAGGUCCGGCGAAGAAUGCAGUGAAGCAGAAGGCGAUGAGGGUCCUCAAACAGAAGAGAAUGUAUGAAGGCCAAAGAGAUCAACUUGCCCAGCAGUCCUUUAACAUGGAACAGGCCAACUACACCAUUCAGUCUUUAAAGGACACCAAAACAACAGUUGAGGCUAUGAAGAUCGGUGCAAAAGAAAUGAAAAAGGCCUAUAAGCAAGUGAAGAUGGACCAGAUUGAAGACCUACAGGACCAGCUUGAGGACAUGAUGGAAGAAGCCAACGAAGUGCAGGAGGCUCUGAGCCGCAGCUAUGGUACUCCAGAAAUUGACGAGGAUGAGCUAGAAGCAGAGUUGGAUGCCCUUGGAGAUGAGUUACUGCUGGACGAUGACAGCUCCUAUCUAGAUGAAGCCUCAGCUGCGCCCUCCAUACCAGAGGGGAUACCCAGUGAUAGCAAAACCAAUAAGGAUGGUGUUCUGGUGGACGAGUUUGGACUACCGCAAAUCCCAGCCACAUAAACUGAGUUACUGCAGGACCUGCUCCCUGACUGAAAAUCCUCUGCAUAUUUUGUGCAUUUGGCAUUCAAAUCCACUUUACCCAAGAAGACCUACCCAAUGUGUGGUACUGAAGCUUGUGUUUCUGUUGGAUUUUGUGCCAUUCCAGCAUGUGGGCUUGUAGGAUUAUGUUUCCAUUGUUUUAUGAUUAACCAUAUCUUGUUCUCCAUAUUAAUAUUACCUUAAUACACUGACCACUUUAUUAAGAACAGCAGUUUAAUGCUGAGUAGAAUCCCUUUUACUGUUAGAACAGUCUGAAUUUUUCAGAGCAUGUGUUCAACAGGCUUCUGGAAACAUGCUUUUUUGACUCUGGUCCAUGCUGACAAGAUUGCAUCACGUAAUGGCUGCUUAUUUGUCAGCUGCACAUUCAUGCUGCGAAUCUCUCAUUCUAGCACAUGCCAAAGCUGCUCUAAGUCCUGGAUUCAGACCCGGUGACUGCAGAGGUCACUGAAGUACACAGAACUCAGCGCUUUGUCAUAAUCAUUAAACCAGCCUGAGAUGAGCUUGAUGACAAAGCACAUUACUAUCCAUCAGAAGAUGCUCAUGGUCGGCAAAUUGGCUGUUGCAUAUAUGGGGAUCCAGUAUAUGCGAAGAAAACAUUCCUCACACCAUUACUAGCUUGAACUUUUGACAAAAGGCAGGCUGGAUCCAACCUGCCUUUUCCAGUCUUUAACUGUCUAGUUUGGGUGAGUCUGUGCUCACUGCAGCCUCAGAUUGCUGUUCUUGACUGACAGGAACGGAACCAAAGAGGGGUCAUUUGAGUUACCGUAGCCUUCCUGUCUGGCCAUUCUCCUCUGACCUCUCUCAUCAACAAGGCCUUUCUGCCUCAACUGCCACACCUGGAUAUUUUUUGUUUUUCACAUCACUCUGUGUAAACUCUGGAGCAGUGGUCACCAACCCUCCUCCCUGGAGAUCUACAUCAAGGCAGUGUUGUCCUUACCUAACACUAAUGCAUCCAGCCAAUCAUGGACUUCUGAAGAAGUUAAUUAGCUGGAGCAGGUGUGGCAGAUUGUGGUUGGAACUAGACUCUGCAGGAAGGUAGAUCUCCAGGACCAGGGUUGGUGAUCGCUGCUCUAGAGACUGCUGUGGAUUAAAAAUUCCAGAUCAGCAGUUUCUUAAAUACUCAGACCAGCCCAUCUGGCACCAACAACAUUGCCACAGUCAAAGUCAAUUAGAUCACAUUUUUCCCCCAUUCUGAUGUUUGAUAUGAACAUUAUCUGUAUCUGCAUGAUUUUAUGCAUUGAGCUGCUGCUACAUGACUGGCUGAUGGGAUGAUUGCAUGAGGUGUUGUCACUGUCCAAAAAACAAAA